CUGGUCGGCCUUCUGUUAAGGCAAAACCAAAAGUGAGACACGGCAGCCCGACGAGUGGGGGGUGCACAACCGCACCUUGUGGUCCCACUACAUCUUCUUGAUUUUCCUCCCCACUACACCCUCAUAAUGUUCUCCGAACGGUUCAGCACACUUGCCGCACGGGCGUCCAAGCCUGGCCAGCUUGCCGUCCCAACGCCUGAUACCGAUCUCGACGCCUCUACAGAACCAUCUCCGUUUCGAUUUCUUGAUCUUCCAAAAGAAGUCCAAUCCAAAAUCAUUGAGACAACUUUGACUAUGGAGCGUCAAACAUUCCGCCGUCUAAACCAGCCUCCUGAAGAUCCUCUUGACACCAGUUCCCCUAGAAUAUAUGACUUUAAUAUCAAUGCUUUCGGCAUGCGAAGCCAUACUCUCCCCCCUUUCGGUCUACUAUUCGUCAAUAGAGAGGUAUCUGGCGAUGCUCUUGCCGCUGUCUAUCAAAAUUCGUCAUUUGCUGUCUAUGCGGAGAUAUCACGAGCUGGUGUGCCUGAUGAUGCCUUUGGAUGCAUUCCGAAAGUGGUAAAACACAUCAGUCCCAUGGUGAAGGAGAAUGCCAGAGAAGUUACAUUCAGAAUUUCAGCCAUUAACGAAGGACCCAAAAGACUCCCCACUGACCCAGUGACUAUCAACGACGGAAGAACUCUGAGGCGUGCACUUGGUGAUCUUCGGGUCCUGUUGAACGAAGCCACAUUUCCUUACGCCAAAAGCUUGAAUCUCGUAAGUUACAUGCUUGGAGUGCUCAUGACUUACGGGCUUGUUCAACAGCACCUCAACAUUAUCUUCAAGCUGUUUGUUGCUACCGGUUGUACAAUAUCCCUGGAGGAGGUCUGCAAUGUUGGUUUGGGGCCCCACUUUUCGGCAAGUCAGCCAGAUAAGACGACGUUCGGUGGAAUGGUGGAACUUGCUGCUAAGGAGUGUAUGUACUUGGAGAGAAUCCCUUUCGUAAUUUUGACUGUUUUGUGAUUUCCACCCAAGACAAUGUCUCAACUGCCUCGGAACAUUCUGUACCGAGUAAUUACUAACUCAUCUUACCUAGGGGGCCAAGAAUGGGUGUCAAAAGAUGAACCAAUUGAGGAGUCGACUUUCGGUCGAGGCGUUUGGCGUGCACAACAAGUUGCCUGGGUCCACCAUCGAAAAUGGAACAGAGUAUUCGCUAAACCAGGAC